ACAGUUUAUUCGGAAUAUUUAAUCUGAGCACGUUUCCGGACGACCUUAUUAUUGUGAGGGACCGUCGGUGUUGGAAAUGAAGUUAAAGUCGUGAUUUUUGAUGGAAAUAACUGGCUUUUUAAAGUGGAUACAAAUACUGUUACCGUGUGGUGGUGUUCAUUAAUUGUUUAUUGUAAUAAGUUUACGUCGAGGUUGCUGCCCAUAUGUCGUGCGUGUUGGUUAGUGGUUCUGGAGCUCGGGUCUCUCUGGAGGACGGACGAGCAGUUGUGUUGGGUCGGGGUCCAGACACCGCAGUCACCGAUAAAAAGUGCUCCAGACACCAAGUAAAGGUGGUGGCGUGCUUUGCAGACCAGCAUGUGGUUGUCACUCAGCUGGGUCCCAAUCCCAGUUUCCUGGAGGGUGAAAAGCUAGGUCGUGGCCAGUCUGGCAAACUCAGUCAUGGUGGCACCAUCUACCUCGUCAACCAGGAAUACCCAUUUCAAGUUUGCUUUACACCAAGCUCAGACAUAGGUGCUUCCAGCGCUGUACAUAAAGGGCAUAAAGAUACAAACAAAACAAAAGGCAGAAAAAACGGGAGUGAAAAGCACGCACCUUGGAGUCCGCCCAAGCGUAGUAUAAAAGAUUUCUUUGCUAAAUCUCCCGUGAAGUUGUCAAAAAGGCCGUUGAGCCCAGAGAGGGAGCACCCUGAUGCCAAGCGCUCCAGAGGAGAUGAGGCGUCUUCAGGUAGCUGGAAUAAAAAAGAAGAGGAGGAAGAUGAGAUGCGUGUAGAGGAAAAGCUCAGGCAGCUUCAGAAAUUGGCAGAGAAGUCAAAGAGCUGUGACAACAGUACCCACCUGGCAUCUUCGUGGUCGUCUUCUUCCUCAGCCUGCGUUAAGAGCGUGUGGCAGCAGAUUGGCAACCUCAUGCUCUAUACUGCUGCUGGCGUUAGAGCGAGUGACAAGAUUGCUGGCUUUGACAUAGAUGGCUGCAUCAUCACCACAAAGUCUGGCAAAGUCUUUCCAACAGCACCGGAUGACUGGAAGAUUCUCUACCCUGAGAUUCAGCCUCGGCUUGCCAGCUUGAUAAAAAAAGGAUACAAGGUGGUGUUCUUUACCAACCAGAUGGGAAUCGCUCGAGGAAAACUGAGACCAGAAGUCUUCAAAUCGAAAGUGGAAGACAUCCUUGCCACACUGCAGCUACCUGUGCAAGUGUUUGUAGCAGCUGGAUCCGGAAUCUACAGGAAACCAACGAUGGGAAUGUGGAAUCACUUGUGUGAAAAGGCCAAUGAUGAUGUUCCUGUUGACAAGACUCAGAGUUUUUAUGUUGGAGAUGCUGCAGGUCGGCCUGAGAACUGGGCACCAGGGAAGAAGAAGAAGGACUUCUCCUGCAGUGACCGACUGUUUGCGUUGAACUUAGGCUUACAGUUCCACACUCCAGAGGAGUACUUCCUGGGCUGGAAAAGCGCUCCUUACAGCCUGCCACAAUUUGACCCUAGGAAACUUGACUCCACCGCCCAACUGUAUGACCCGCCGUCUGCCUCUCUCACCUCCAACCAGACCGAAGUCAUCGUGGCGGUGGGCUUCCCCGCAUCGGGCAAGUCCACAUUCUUCCAUGCACACAUCAUCCCCAAGGGUUAUGUGUAUGUCAACAGGGACACGAUGGGUUCAUGGCAGAGUUGUGUGGCCGCAUGUGAGCGAGCUCUGAAAGAGGGUCGCAGCGUCGCCGUAGACAACACCAACCCUGACCCCGAGUCCCGUAAACGUUACUUGGACGUUGCCAAAGCAGCGGGCGUGACCUGCCGCUGUUUCCUCUUCUCCGCCACUCUGGAACAAGCCAAACACAACAACAGAUUCCGUGAGAUGACGCCGUCCGACAGCAAGCAUAUGAAGGUCAACGACAUGAUUUUCCAAAGCUAUAAGAAACACUUUGUGGCUCCUGCUCUCACAGAGGGAUUCUCUGAGAUUCUCAGCAUCCACUUUGUCCCUAAUUUUAAAGACAGCCAGUCAGAAACAUUGUUCAGACAGUUCUCAGAGGGAUAACAGUACAAAGAUUCCAAGUAAUUGUGCAAGGAAAAGACACAGAUAGUCAACAAAUCAUGUCAUUUCAGAUGUAAUGCUGUAAGAGUUGUAAUGUUCCAUCCAAUCCAGAAGAUGGCAUUGUGUUGAAAACAUUUUUUCACAGUGCUAUUAUUGAAUAGUCACAUUGUUGUGUAUAAAGUAAACAAGUGUCUUAGGUAAACAAUAACCUCCGUCUAUUUUGAGGCUCACCAAUUUUGGCGAAAAUGAUUAUAAAACACCCAAUUUAUCACGCAGACUUAGGAGCAGAAAAUGUGUAAAUAAAACACUUUAGAGGCUUAGA